CGAUGCAAAAGUAAUGGCACCUGCGAUAGACUUUCAUUCUUAUUACAUGCUCUAAAAUGAAUAAUAAACGUCGAGUGCGCUGCUGGUGUUUCUCGCUCGUGGUGUUAAUGACAUGUUUUGGUGCAGUUGUGACACCGCAUCUGUCCUCGCCUCUCUCUCAGUGUGUGUGUUGAUGUUUUGAUGUACCUGUCUGAUGUCCCAUGAGUCGUUAUGUGAGACUGAAGCGUUACUAACCGUUCCAAACACCUGUAGACAUCAAACAGCCUUAUGCUUCUGUAUCUGUGUGUGUGUGUGUGUGUGUGUGUAAGAUUCUGUCGCUAAAAUAACAUGAAAUUGAGCGGAUUUCGGGCGAAAUGGUGCGUGUGCUUGGGUGUGUGUGUGCUGGGGCUUUUUGUGGUGGUCGCUGUGGGAGAACAGAGCUGCAAACUCAAGGCCAAGUUCAACCUGAUGGGCUACAAGAACGUGGAGAAGAAGAAGGUGGUGAUCGGUGGGAUGUUUUCCGUGCACAACCGGCUAACCUCCACCGACUCCAACACCUCGUCCAACCCGGUGUCUUCUGGCUGUGAAGGGUUUAAUUUCCGUACCUUCCGCUGGACACAGACGAUGCUGUUUGCUAUUAAUGAGAUCAACAAAAGGCCAGACCUGCUGCCCAACACCGAACUUGGGUACGUCAUCUACGACUCGUGUUUCACCAUCUCCAAGGCUGUGGAAGGAACUCUGACCUUCCUGACAGGUCAAGACGAGGCCGUGCCUAAUUACCGCUGUGGGAACGGACCCCCACUCGCCGCUAUGGUGGGAGCAGGAGGAUGUGACCUCUCCGUCGCUACGGCUCGCAUCCUCGGCCUUUACUAUUUCCCACAGGUGAGCUACUCGUCUUCGUGUUCAGUCCUCGAGAGCAGGUUCCAGUAUCCCACCUUCCUGCGCACCAUCCCGAGCGACGAGCACCAGUCGGUGGCUAUGGCUCAACUGGUGUUGAAAUUUGGCUGGACCUGGGUGGGCACCAUCGCUUCUGACGACGAUUAUGGUAAAUAUGGAAUCAAGCGUUUCAAAGAGGUAGUGGAGGAGGCAGGCGUGUGCAUCUCCUUCUCUGAGAUACUCCCUAAGUUCAGCGCUCCGGACACCAUCACACGCAUCGUCCACACCAUCAUGGAUUCCACAGCCAAGAUCGUUGUGGUGUUCUCGUCUGACGUGGAUCUCGGUCCACUGGUGGAGGAGCUGCUGCUUAACAACGUCACCAACCGCACGUGGAUUGCCAGUGAGAACUGGGUCACGUCUGCUCUCAUCUCACGCCAGCCCAACGUUAUGUCCUUGCUGAGUGGAACGAUCGGCUUUGCUAUUACUCGGGCAGAAGUUCCAGGCCUGCUUGAGCACCUUUUAAAUAUCGACCCUUACCAGGACGCUUUGUCUGAGGAGUUCUGGGAAACAGCCUUCAACUGCACUCUGAGUUACAGCCGAGCGUUGAACAACGCCCGAGCGCAGAUGGCAUCAGAGGUGGGGAACGCAACAGCGUCACGGGCAGCAGCCAGACUGGCACCACAGGGCUUGUGCACUGGGAAAGAAAGUCUACGGCAACUGAAUAACACUUAUUCCGACGUGUCCCAGUUGCGACUGACAUAUAGCGUGUAUAAAGCCGUGUACGCUGUAGCCUAUGCGCUGCACAACCUGGAGUACUGCAUACCUGGGAAAGGCCCUUUCGUAGGGGGCUCAUGUGCUGACAUCACCAACUUUGAGCCUUGGCAACUGAUGUACUACUUGAAAAACCUGCGCUUCACCGUGCCCUACACCAGAGAGGAGAUUUCUUUCAACGAUGGAGAAGUGCCCGGGUUUUACGAGAUCCUCAACUGGCAGACGGCUUCAGACGGAGGAGUGGCGUACGCCCAUGUCGGACAUUACAACAGCACGGCGGCGGUUGGGGAAAAGCUGUACAUCGACAACUCCUCGAUCAUAUGGCAUAACAGCAUGCGGCAGACUCCGCGCUCUGUGUGUAGUGAGAGAUGCCAACCUGGCACACGUAUGGGCAUCCGGCAGGGAGAACCCGUGUGCUGCUUCGACUGUAUCCCCUGUGCAGAUGGAGAAAUUUCUAACACUACAGAUGCCAGAGGUUGCAUUCAGUGCACUGAGGACUACUGGUCCAAUGCCAACCGUGACGCCUGUGUGCCCAAGACCAUCGAGUUCCUGGACUUCAGUGAAGCUCUGGGCAUCACAUUGAUCGUCAUAUCAGUUUUUGGUGCUCUCCUGACCAUCAUGGUGGCCAUUGUGUUCCUAAAGAACCUAAACACGCCACUGGUGCAGGCUAAUGAUGCAUUGCUGAGCUUCACGCUGCUGUUGGGGCUGGUGGUCACGUUCCUCUGCUCCAUCGUGUUCCUCGGUAAGCCUCAGCUCUGGUCCUGCAUGACCAGCCAGGUGGCACUGGCACUCGGAUUCGCCCUUGCACUUUCAUCCCUCAUGGGCAAAUCUUCUCUGCUGAUGCUCAGAGCGAGAGCCAUCAAAAUCAUGAGGGUAGCAGCCAAGGCGGCCAAAGCGGCGGCGGCUGCCUCGGAGCAGAGCGGAGACACGGCAGCAAUUGCUCCGGCCAUACCACAGAAAAACGACAUCGAUCCCAUCAAACCUCCUCAACAGAGAACCAUGAUGAUCAUUUGCACGCUGAUUCAAGCUGUAGCCUGCACCGUGUGGCUCAUCCUGCUCCCGCCUCAUCCCGUGAAGAACACGGCCGCCCAGAACAUAAAGAUCAUCCUGGAGUGCGAUCCAGGCAACAUCAUCUUCAUCUGCUGCAUAUUUGGCUACGACGUGCUCUUGGCUCUGAUGGCGUUUGUCUUUGCCUUCGUGGCACGCAAGCUGGAGGACCACAUCAGUGAGGGCAAGUGCAUCACCUUCGGCAUGCUGGUGUUCUUCAUCGUCUGGAUCUCCUUCGUCCCUGCUUAUCUGAGCACACGUGGAAAGUUCAUGGUGGCCGUGCAGAUCUUCGCCAUCCUGGCUUCAAGCUUUGGCUUGCUAGCAUGCGUCUUCCUGCCCAAGUGCUACGUGCUGCUGGUCAAACCUGACCGGAACAAGGAGGAGCUGAUGGUGCCCAGGGCCAAACGGCCUGAAGCUGGAACCACUGGAACAUCUGCCAGCACCAAUGGCCCCAUCUCCACUAUAGAAGGAUGAUCAAAAAGAUCAAAAUGUGCAUUUAUACAUCUAAUAACCAGAACUUAUUAUUAUUAUUAUUAUUAUUAUUAUUAUUAUUAUUAUUAUUAUUAUUAUUAUUAUUAUUAUUAUUAUUACUAUUUAAUUUACAGGUACAAAAACAAGAAAUCACUUGAAAUCAGUGUAAGACGAGGUAAAAAAUCCCAGAAUGUAGAGACUAUAAACAACAAACUAAACUUCAUAAGGAUGUUAUAAAGUUCAUAUAGAAGUUAGAUUGAUGCUUCUCUCCUCAGCACUGUAACCUAAAAGCCUCAAGCGUCUCCUCUUCUCUGUAAAAAACAUUAAUAUCUCCAACAUCCUAUUUACUGGAUUAUAUUUUUGUGAAACGAAUGAGAACAUCUUUGUGUUUAUUUGCUAUAGACGUAUCAUACUGAUCAUUUCUCUCGAACUGAGUAAUAGUGUGAGUAGUUUAAUCUAAAAAAGGAAGCCGUA